AUGGUACGAGACAAAUCUAAUUUGCCCUCUACAGACGCUUUCGUUAGUCUCUCGCUACUUGAUGGCGGUAGUUUCGUUGCUGAUUUGAGCCGCAUGCAUGCUGGCGGGAGCGGGACUUUUCGCAUGUACAAUUGGGCAUUUUAUAUUGCGCACAAGGAAAGACAUGUACUUUGGGACUUGGGCUUAGAUGAGGACCGGAGCUGCUAUACACCUUGGGUCAACAAGCACAUGCUGCAGUACAUUAACCAUGUUGGCCCAAAGCGUACCAUUGUACAACAGUUGUUCGAGCGAGGCGUUGCAGCCACAGACAUUGAUACCAUUCUUUUCAGUCACGCUCACUGGGACCACUGCCGACCAAUUUCCGACGUUUUUUCAAAUGCCAAAGCGUGUUUUGGUCCAGGCACAAAAUUAGCAUGCCAGCCGGGUCAUUGGAAAAAUUCCGACCUGCAGUGGGAUGGGCGCUUCUUUGACCCAGAUCACGCCACCGAGACCUGGGAAGAGCUACAGGGCGAUUGGAAACAAUUUGGACCGUUCGAAAAGGCUCUAGAUUAUUUCGGAGACGGUAGCUUUUGGAUCUUGGAUGCACCAGGACACAUGCCAGGCAAUCUUGCUGCCGCCGCCAGAUUGCAAAAUGGCGAAUGGGUCGUUCUUGGGAGCGAUUGCUGUCAUUCGAGGGAAUUGCUCGAUGGCGUGCAAGAUAUUGCACAGUUUCAAGGUCCCGACUUGAAGCCCAUGUCUCUCCACACAGACAUUGCAUCUGCUAGAGAUACUAUGGCCAAGCUGCGGACGUUAGAAACUGACUACGGGGCUCAUAUAGCGCUCGCACACGACGCUUCGUGGUUGAAGAAGGGCACAGAUAGGGUGCUGAUGUCGCUGCUGGAUGAGAGGAUGAAGCUGGCGGCUAAAGAAAAGAUAGCUCAUGAUGCGAUACCUUAG